UGAGGCCAGAGAAGCCAGACAGGCGCCAUGUUUGAUAUGAUCAAGGAAUGGCGCCCUUAAGAGCAUCCAGUGACAACUAAAGCCAGGAUGUCGCCAUAUUUUCUGAAGACACCUUCCGGGUCCCUUAACCCGGCUGUCUAAGUCCAAGCUGCCAUGAAGUGAAUAAACACCGAGGGGUUUUGUUUGUCCCCAUCACAACCCCCGAAUCCCUCGCAGCCAGGCCCUGCUACCUCGGUGCCCUCGACUGCGUUCGGACGCCAAGGCUGGGCGGGGCCCCGACCUCCGGAGCCCUUGCUGUGGACGACGAAAGCUGAGGCCGCGCGCGGGGAGGCGGUGGCCUCGGGGACAAGGCGGCCGCUACUCGGGGCCGGGAGGCCCCAUGGCGCCGCCCCCAGCCCCGCUUCUGGCGCUGAGACCGGGGGAGACCGGGCCUGGUUACAAGAAGCCCGGGGCCGUGAGCUUCGCGGACGUGGCCGUGUACUUCUCCCCGGAGGAGUGGGGCUGUCUGCGGCCCGCGCAGAGGGCCCUGUACCGGGACGUGAUGCGGGAGACCUACGGCCACCUGGGCGCGCUCGGAUUCCCAGGCCCCAAACCAGCCCUCAUCUCUUGGAUGGAACAGGAGAGUGAGGCUUGGAGCCCCGCCGCCCAGGAUCCUGAGGAGGGGGAAAGCCUGGGAGGAGCUCUGAGAGGAGACACCCCAAACAAGAAGGAAGAGGCACCGCAGGAAGGGUCAGGAGCCAAGGGACCCAGAAAGCCUCCCGGGAAGGAACCUUCUAAAGAGCUGGUUAAACAGAGCCCUAACUGGACCAUCGGAAAAAUUUCGGCCAGAGCACAGCGGCCCACGAGCGCUGCCUGCAGCCAGAGCACAGGCGCGCAGCCGUCCGGCCCGGCCCCCGGCGUGGGCACGCAGGACAGCCAGCGGCGUCACGUGUGUGCGGACUGUGGCCGCCGCUUCACCUACCCGUCACUGCUGGUCAGCCACCGGCGGAUGCACUCGGGGGAGCGGCCCUUCCCCUGCCCGGAGUGUGGCAUGCGCUUCAAGAGGAAGUUCGCCGUGGAGGCGCACCAGUGGAUCCACCGCUCCUGCUCCGGCGGGCGGCGGGGCCGGAGGCCUGGGAUCCGGGCUGUGCCUCGGGCUCCGGUGAGGGGUGACCGGGACCCUCCCGUGCUGUUCCGACACUACCCGGACAUCUUUGAGGAGUGCGGGUGGUACCUCUCGUGCUACCUGCUGACUCACACAGGCAAGCUGUCCUAUUCCUGUCCCCAGUGUGGAAGGUGCUUCAGCCAGAGGCCCACCAGUAGACCCCAGUGCCAGCCUGGUGCCGAGAAACGCCCGCGCGGCGCGUUGAUUUCUGAUGCUCUGUGUCCCUUCCGCCCGCGGCUCUUGGUCCUGGGCCACCCUGGUGGGCCUUCGAGGGGCGGGCUGCUGCGCUCGCGGCCUUCCGGACCGCGCCCCGGCCCGGGGACGUCCUCCGGCGCGGGCGGCUCCGCGGACCCCGGCCCGGCCCUUGCCAUGGCGCCGCCUCCGGCCCCGCUGCCCGCGUGGGAACCGGACGGCGCGGGGCGCGAGCGGAGGGGGCCGGGCGGCGUGAGCUUCGCGGACGUGGCCGUGUACUUCUCCCCCGAGGAGUGGGGCUGUCUGCGGCCCGCGCAGAGGGCCCUGUACCGGGACGUGAUGCGGGAGACCUACGGCCACCUGGGCGCGCUCGGGUUCCGAGGCGCCAAGCCAGCUCUCAUUUCCUGGGUGGAGGAAGAGGCGGACCUGUGGGGCCCGGCUGCCCGGGAUCCGGAGGUGGGAGAGUGUCUGACAGAAGCAGACGCAGCAGAUUCCAGAAACAAGGAAGAGAAAAAACAAAGAGAAGGGACUGAGGCCCUGAAGAAGAGCCUUUCUGUGGAAGCUCCUGGGCCAAAGGCUCCAACACACCCUUCUGCUGGGUUCCCUGACAGCUUGGAGCAGCCGUCCAAGGCACCUCGCCGGGGUCGCCCCCCACUCUGUACGCAUCCCCCUGUCCCAAGAGCCGACCAGCGUCAUGGUUGCUACAUGUGCGGGAAGAGUUUUGCCUGGCGCUCCACCCUAGUGGAGCACCUGUACACCCACACGGGGGAGAAGCCCUUCCGUUGCCCUGACUGUGGCAAGGGCUUCAGCCAGGCCUCCUCUCUGAGCAAGCACCGGGCCAUCCACCGUGGGGAGCGGCCCCACCGCUGCCUGGACUGUGGCCGGGCCUUCACCCAGCGCUCUGCCCUCACCACUCACCUGCGGGUCCACACGGGCGAGAAGCCCUAUGGCUGUGCUGACUGUGGCCGCUGCUUUAGCCAGAGCUCUGCCCUCUACCAGCACCAGCGGGUCCACAGUGGCGAGACUCCCUUCCCCUGCCCGGACUGUGGCCGCGCCUUUGCCCAUGCAUCAGACCUUCGGCGCCACAUACGCACCCACACGGGCGAGAAGCCCUACCCGUGCCCAGACUGUGGGCGCUGUUUCCGACAGAGCUCCGAAAUGGCAGCCCAUCGGCGUACCCACAGUGGUGAACGCCCCUACCCCUGUCCUCAGUGUGGCAGGUGCUUUGGCCAGAAGUCAGCCAUGGCCAAGCACCAGUGGGUCCAUAGGCCUGGUGCCGGGGGGCCCAGGGGCCGGGGUGCCAGUGCGUUGCCUGUGCCUCUGGCCCCUGGCCAAGGGGACCUGGACCCACCUGUGGGCUUCCAGCACUACCCAGAAAUAAUCCAGGAGUGUGGGUGAUGGUCCUAAAGAUGUCAAGGCAAAGGGUGAAGAUCUAGACAUUGCCUGAGGCCCAGGUUGGGCUCAGGGGCCUGAACCUCUGUGGCAGCUCCAGGGAGGUCCCACAAUUCCAGGCAAGAGGUGGACCUGGGGGAUGAGGAGCUUCUUACCUUAGGCCUUCACAAGCUUGAUCUGCUGACACCUUGCUCCCUACUGUCCCAGAGUCUAGAAGCCCCCUCUGCUCCGUUAGGGCUGAGGUAAGCACCUGCACAAGACCUCCGCUGUGGGGAAGAAAAGGCUGUUUCUCCACUUAGACAUGUUAAGAGGAUUGAGGUAGAAGGGAAGUUUGCUGUAUUGGUUGUCUUUACUGCAAGGGUUAAAAACUGACGGCCUUGUACUGAAUCUGGCUCGUAGCAAACCUUUUACAAAGUAUUUGUGGUCCAACCAGCAUUUUAAAAUGUUACAAAUCAUGGUUAAGACUUAAAAGGAUAUUUCACACAAAAA